GAAUUCCGAACAUUUGCGUGAGCAGAAGCACUUCUAGCGUCGACGUCACGCCAUGCUGGAUCUUCAGCAUUUCUAGCACCGAGAUCGUUCUGAACGAGCUGAGACAACCACAUACAACAUAGUGCCUAUUAUGUGGAUCACCUAACGCUUCCUCGGAGAAUGUCGGCGAACGCAAGGGACGCCAUGGCAUGCGCGCGGAUCAUGCAUGUCCACGAAGUGGUUGAAGCGGGGCAGUCCUUAUUGGGGACGCUAGUAAGGGUCACAGGCAGGAUCCGGCCAGUAGCAGGAGGAGACAACACUCGCAUCAGGAUUGAGGACAGGUCUGGAGCUGUGCUCGUUAUUGACACAUCGCGUAUAGUCACACCUGGCAUGCGGCCCAACAGCCUGUUCCAGUUCCUGGGGGAGUUGACCUGGCGAGAAGAGGCAGACGAGGGAGAAAACAUGGUGGUGGUUGCGCGGCUGGGCAGGUGUGUGGAGGGGAUGGAUGAGGGGCUGUUCGAGAAGGCGCUGGAGCUGAAGAGACAGUAUGAAAGCACCGACAGGGCUGUGAGAUAGAUGGGGAGCAACAGUUGGGGCAAUGAGAGUGCUUAGGAGGAGCACGAGAGGGCAGGUGCGUGGAGGGCAUGGAUGAGGGGCUGUAUGAGAAGACACUGGAGUUGAAGAGGCAGUAUGAAAGCACGACUAGUGCCGUGAGGUAGAUGGGGAGCAACAGUUCGGGCAAUGAGAGGUGCUUAGGAGGAGCACGACAGGGCAGGUGCGUGGCGCUGGAGCUGAAGAGGCAGUAUGAAAGCACGGACAGGGCCGUGAGGUAGAUGGAUAGCAAGACUGGCGCAAAGAGAGAGUGAGUAGGGAGAAGACGGCUGCGCACAUGUGUGGAGGGGAUGGACGAGGGGGUGUUUGAGAAAGCUUUGAAGCUGGAGGGACAGUAUGAACACACAGCCAGGGCUGUGAGAUAGCUAGGAGAGGCACGAGGUAGAGGGUUAUAGGGUAGCUGUAUGGGAUGUUUAUGUGAAUGGUGGUAGGUAGCAGAUGAUAAGCAAUUACCAUAUUUCCCAUUAUACAUUGUAUUGCAAACUUGGUUUCUCGAGCACCU